AUGCCGCAACGACCAAAGCGACAAGAGUCUUCUGCCAAGAAGAUGCUGGGCACAAAAGGGAGGUCAAGGAUUUCUUUUGGGCGAAAGGGGCGCAAGAAGAAGUCUCGAGGCUAUGAAGAGGACGAAAUGAACAUUUUCUGCUCUUCUGGUCUUGUUAGCCGAGACUUCAUCCUGGAGAAGUUGCAGGAAGUAAAGAACAACAGAGAUAUUGUCAAACUGGAAGUAGAAGAUCUCAUCAUUGCCAAGGAGCACAGCUCCUUGAUUCAGUUCGUAAAGGCCCUGUUGGUCGGGGAAAACCGCCCUUGGAAGCGUAUUGACUUCAUCGACUCUUUUCCUUCCUGUGAGUUCUCAUGGUGGGAAGGCAUCAAGAAGGAACUCAUGCGUGAAUAUGAUAUGUCCAUUGAUGAUGCCAGCAAGUACACCAACUGUAUCACAAUCCAGGCCAAUGUGGAAUUGAAUGAAGGUUCAGCCAAGAACUCAGUAGUUGCCUUGUUCAACCGAUUCCUGGAAGAUAAGGAUAUUCAAGGAAUUGACUUUGGCGGGGCACUCUUUGGUAUCAGAAAUGCAAGCAUACCAGAAGCCCUAAACCGACUUUUUGAUGAAGAUUGCGUGCUUAAGGAUAGCACUGUGGUGACUGUCAAGUGCGGAUGGCCCAGUACUGAAGAGGAAAGGAGCGACCAGAUGUGGGAAGACACUAUCAGGUCUUGCGUGAUGAAGCUAGACGGAACAGCUAUUGUCAAGGAAGGUUACACGCAUCUCGUCCCCAGCGGCCCACGAAGGAUGCAAAGGCGCCAAGCAGUACAAUGUGGAGUUCGACCAACCAAGAGCUUAGAUGAAUCAGCGGCUCGUGCGUUAGUGUCGAGUCUCAUCCUUGGUUGCGAGUCCAUGCCAAAGGGCAAGGCCAAUGAUCCCUCUCUAUCCAACUUCUGCGCCAAUGGUUUUUCGAGUCGUUCAAUGCAUGAAGGCUUUCACAAGUGCGCCGUGGGCCAGGGCACUACCGCAAAAGGAAUGCGGCUUAGCAAUAGCGGCGGCCUAAUAGGCUCACGCGCGCAACGAAGCCAGAGCAACAGCCUACCAGGCGAACAUAUUACUGAACCAGAUGACGAGGCAAUCCCAACAUCGAACGCCAGAUGGGGCAGCGGGAGCCAAUCCUCGCGAUCUCGCUCGCCAAUUCGAAUCUCACCGAAACCGACGAGGGUGCGUCGAACUAGAAGCAUGGGAUUGGGUCAAGCACUCGAUUCAAACAUCAAUAUAUCACCUAAGGAUCCAGACCUUAGAUUGGAAGCCUCGACUCCACGAAGAUCCGGGCGCAAAGUUUCUGCAAUUCCGAGGCCGUCCGCAAAGACGAAGCUUCAGCGGGCAAAGAGCAUGGGUCAUUACUUGAGCGACAUGAAGGAUGUAAAGAGGGAUGACAAGGACCAGAUUAGUCAAGCUGCUGGGCUUUCACCGAAAAGGUUUGUUCGUUCGUCCUCGACACCUUCACCAAUUAGGACGCGCCGCUUGCAAAGUGCAGAAGACCGCAAUCGAGACCGUGUAAACGCUCAAUGGACAGAUACGACUCACCCCGCAUGCAUUCGAAUGCGGCGAUACAAGAACAUGGGGCUUGGUGACGAGGCGAGCGACGAAGCUUACGACGAGGAAUCUGUCAAACAACCGGAACACAGAAGGGAGCAGAGGCCUAGUUCUGAAACGAUUCGGCGAACCAAGAGUAAUGGAUCUAAUAGUAGAUACCAUGAAAAAGCCAAGAGAUCCGCUUCGGAAAAGCUUCACGGCACCAGGAGUGAUGGAUACCAAUGUCAUUCGGAUAUCCCGGACUAUGAUUGGUCCAAUAAAGACGUUCGAUAUGACUGGUCCAAGGGAAUCUAUACGCGGAUGGAGGUCCCAAGCGCAGCUUAA